AUGAUGGUGACGGGUAACAACAAGGAUGACGAAGGGGGUUAUGAGGGUAACAAUGAGGGUGACGAAGAUGAUUAUGAGGGUAAUAAGAAGGGUAACAAUAAGGGUGACGAAGAUGAUUAUGAGGGUAAUAAGAAGGGUAACAAUGAGGGUGACGAAGAUGAUUAUGAGGGUAAUAAGAAGGGUAACAACAAGGGUGACGAAGAUGAUUAUGAGGGUAAUAAGACGGGUAACAAUAAGGGUGACGAAGAUGAUUAUGAGGGUAAUAAGAAGGGUAACAAUGAGGGUGACGAAGAUGAUUAUGAGGGUAAUAAGAAGGGUAACAAUAAGGGUGACGAAGAUGAUCAUGAGGGUUAUAAGACGGGAAACAAUGAGGGUGACGAAGAUGAUUAUGAUGGUAAUAAGACGGGAAACAACAAGGGUGACGAAGAUACGGAAAACAACAAGGGUGACGAAGAUGAUUAUGAGGGUAAUAAGACAGGUAACAAUGAGGGUGACGAAGAUGAUUAUGAGGGUAAUAAGACGGGUAACAAGGGUGACGAAGAUGAUUAUGAGGGUAAUAAGACGGGUAACAAUAAGGGUGACGAAGAUGAUCAUGAGGGUUAUAAGACGGGAAACAAUGAGGGUGACGAAGAUGAUUAUGAUGGUAAUAAGACGGGAAACAAUAAGGGUGACGAAGAUGAUCUUGAGGGUUAUAAGACGGGAAACAAUGAGGGUGACGAAGAUGAUUAUGAGGGUAAUAAGACGGGAAACAACAAGGGUGACGAAGAUGUGUUUUUUAGGGUAAUAAGAAGGGAAACAAUAAGGGUGACAAAGAUUAUUAAGAGGGUACCAAGACGGAAAACAACAAGGGUGACGAAGAUGGGUAUGAGGGAUUCUGUUAGCAAAGGCUUUCACAAUGACAUGACUGGACGUGGGACUGAACUCUAG